AUGAGCCGCGAUACUUCGGCGCUCGGAGGUUCUGCCACGCCAUGGAUCUCCCAGCGGAUGAAUCCGCCACCAGCUAUAGCGGCUGAUCCAAAAUUCCGUAAAUACACUCAACAGGUCGAGCGGUGUCUAGCUACGUUUGAGAGUGUACACGAAUGGCCAGAUUUCAUUGCAUUCCUAGGCAAACUACUGAAGACCCUUCAAGGCUACAUGCAAUUCAAGGAAAUUCCGCGUAAACUCAUUGUGUCCAAACGAUUGGCACAAUGCUUGAACCCAGCUCUACCCACUGGUGUCCAUCAGCGCGCCCUCGAUGUCUAUGCGCAUAUCCUUUUGGUACUAGGAACAGAAGGUCUAAAGCGUGACUUGCAUCUCUGGUCUAGCGGUCUAUUCCCCUUCUUCGAGUAUGCGGCGACUGCAGUAAAGCCAACCCUAUUGGAUCUCUACGACACGCACUAUUUGGCAAUUCAACAAUCACUUCGUCCGGUCGCCAAGGCAUUUAUCCUCGCCCUCCUUCCUGGUCUUGAAGAAGAAAAUGGAGAGUUUUUUGACCGAGUUCUUCAAAUACUCGACCGUUUGUCCGCAACUGUGACUCAGUCAUUCUUCCUUCAGAACCUCUGGUUAUGCAUGCUCACGUCAAAGACUGCCCGUGCUCCUGCUCUCCACUAUCUCGCGCGCCGGCUACCCAAACUAACAGGUGAUGAAGAUAUUGCCGCGAUCAUUGGAGGAGAUGUAGGUCUCCUGAUCCGUGCGCUCUCUGCCACCCUUGAAGACGAUAAUCUACUCGUCCGGCGGUCGACACUUGACCUCCUCCUCGCGUCGCUUCCACUAAAUGGACCAGUUAUGCAUAAAGCCCAAAUAAACGACCGUAUCAUCCUCAUGAGUGCCGCCACAGGUGUCGUUCUUAGGCGUGAUUCCGCGUUGAAUAGAAGGCUGUAUGCGUGGCUAAUGGGUCCAGAAGAAGGAGGUGCACAAAAGCAAAUCGACUACCUCAAGGAGUGGGCAAUGGGCCUGUUGUGCGCGACGCUCAAGAAAGAUCUUGAUGCACCAAGUCCUGUUCCGGAUGCUCGACCCCUCAAGGUUUUCCUUUCACUGUUGGACAAAUGGGAGAUUGGCUCGCAGCUCACCGACGCACUCAUCCUCUAUACGCUUGACUCUAUCAAGAGGAUUUUGAGUGACAGACCAACAGAUUUCGAGGAUAUUCACUUGGCCGCCAGCUCUCUCUACGAAGCUGCCGAGCCAAGAGUGGUGUGGAAGCAUCUUUUUUCGGCCGUCCAAGGCGAAAUAUAUGGGAAGGAUAAGCUUCUGGUCCCAAAGCCAAUCAAGCUUGUUCGCUUUGUCAUGACUACGUUCAAAAAUGAUGAGGAGAUGCAAAAGAUCCACUUGCCGAUCUGCUUCACCGCCUUGUUAGAGUUAACCUCGACCAUCGCAUCGGAACAACAACUCUUUGUGUCUGAAUCCGCCACGGAGGAGCUCCUCUUGCUGUUGAGCGAUAUGCUCUCCUUUAUAUCUCCGACGGCACUUGUGCACCCUCUCGGCGAACCAAGCACGGACCCAAGGAGGCCCUACAUACUAGCGACAGGUUUUUACGGUAUCAAGCCUUGCAGAGAGCUGCCGGCACUUUCGACACCAAGGAAGCCAUACCCAAUGGCCACGGCUGCUGAGGAUCUUUUCGCUUUCAUCCUUGCUUGCGUAACUAUGGAGGGUGAAGAAGUCAAUACUAAGGCAUUGAAGGCUGUUGUGAGAUCCACGAGACUGGUAAAGGAUCUUAUCGAGCGAGUUUCUGCAAAGCAGAAGAUUCAAGUCACAAUCACUUGGAGUCCCGAUGUUUGGCGAGAUGCAGUCUUAGAAUACGUGAAUCUGACCAACUCUUUCGAGGCAGUCGUCAACGUCAUCAGUCUUCUCAUUGAUCUGAGCAAAGGUGCGAUCAUUCAGCCGAAGAUCAGCAUUGAUACGCGAGGACAAGUUGGGAGGAUCAUGAACAUUCUUCUGCGGUAUCUCCGGCCACAAUAUGUGCAGUAUCAUGUUAGGGCCGUCAAACUUAUAUGGGAUCUCGAAGCCUGCACAUCUUCCAGACAUGUAGAGGCUCUGAUCGCGGAGUCCCUUACAGUGCGCAAUGGCCUGCCUACAUAUGAUGCGUAUGAGGCGUUUGGGGUGCUUUGGAGACUGAGCGAUGAUCCACAAUUUCCGGGGUUCAAAUUCCGAGUUCCUUUGUUCAACGUUCUGGAUACCAUGAAGUCGGACGACCCGGCACUUCGACGACUAGGGGAGACAUGGAUGCGUUGUAGUCUCAAAUCCUAUAUGCGCAUUCUCGACCCGGUCCUAUAUGAACUUAUGGAUCCGACGGUCAAGAGAACGCCGACGACGAUCACACUCGAAGGGAGAGAAGUCAAGCAGUUCAAUUACGAGAAGCCUUUCGAUUCAUCACGCGUCGUCUACCUGCUCGACACUUUGGUUUCAACUUUGAAGUUUGGUGGCCAAGGUCUUACCAAGGUGGCUCGAAGUACAUCCAUGAAGAAGGCUGGCUUCGUUGAUGUAUACAAACGGGCUUUCGCUCUUGGCAUUCUCCGAGGCGAUGAUUCUUACAUGGACGCCCUUAUAUCGAUAUUGCUUCGAUUGCUGCAAUCAGAGCCUCAGCCGUCCCUCAUGGCAAUGAUUGGACCGGCAAAUUCUCGUAUCCAAUCGCUGAGUAUCGAUUUGCUGCAAACAGUGAUAGCACGGGGCGACAUGGACAUUAGCACACUCGAGCACAUUGAAGGAAUCGUCGUCGCAAAAGCUUAUGCGUGCAUCCAUAACGGCAGAUUGGACUUGCAGCCUAAACUUCUUCAUAUUCUCCACUCCGUUAUACUGGCAUCCUCGACAAUCCCAGGCGCCCGACAGGGGAAGUCGAAAGCAGAUGCGACCCUUGCAGUCGCCGCUUUAGACUUAUCCACCUCUUCUGGCUCGCAUGUGCUAGACGAAACAGCAGCGAAGAAGCUUCCUACUUCGACUCUGAAUCCGCUUCUGUCCCAGACCUUGACCGACGGGAUAUCGACACGAACUAAUCGGCCAAUUCUGCAACAUUGGCUCGACUUCAUUCUCACCACAAUCCCACAAUUCAGCCAGUCUCUCCAGCAUCUAUCAUACCCCCUCAGCGAAUGUAUUUGUCGUCAGCUCGACGAAGCAUUGCUCCUAUUGGACGCCGUAGCAUCCAGCCAGAGUGAAAACCCUGCCGGUCAAAUUAUGACCGAUGCAGAGUUUGUGAUGCUAAUUCACGCACUCGAAAGGCUGAUCCUUCAGGGCCUUUCUAAGGGAGACAUGCCAUCCACCGACGCAUUUGAUGAAACGAUGCCAAUGUCGGCAGUGGACAAGGAAUCGUCUGGUCUCCUAGGUCUAAUGACAAACGUUUUCAGUGCGGAUGGGGCGCAAACCAUUCCGGCCGACAGUCUCUCGGCUCGCUCCCCUGCAUAUCGUUGCCUUCACGACUCUGUUAAAACUCUGUACUCCAUCUGGGUGGCGUCAGACUGGACACCAAAUCUGGGCACAGGCCCAAAGGAAGAUUCGGUGACUCUGAUCUACAGUCGAGCGAAGCUACGUUGUCGGCGUGCAUUGGAGAGACUCUUCCGUGCACAAUCUUCGGAAGUGAUGGAAACUUUGGUAGAAUGCUGGCUCGAAGACACCCGCCUGCGAGAAAGCAACGGAAACGCCGCAUUUGAACUGGUUGAUCUGCUUACAUCCAGUGCGCAGAACGCAGUGCAUAUGUUGUGCGAAAGUAUCUCGAUGCGAACUACACCAGCGUCAGAACGAGUCAGAAGGAUGGCUGUCAACCCAAAUGUCACCGAUUACGUCCUUUUCCUCUUCCUAGAAGACUACCUCGGUCGCUUGGAGGGACCGAUUGCCACUCAAGUAUGGAACCGGUUUGUAUCUCUGGCAAAAGAAAUUGCCGCAAACGUCUAUACGUAUAAAAUGCAAAUUUUACCGACAUUACGGUGUCUUACAACCAUUUCCGAGAUUGUGACACAAACGAGUGCUAUCGAUGAUAAAAAGAUCCGAAAGGACCUACAGGAAACCUACGGCAAAUUGGUGGAUACCUGUAUUCUAAUUGCAGGUGGCUCCUUCGAGCAAGGUAAUUGGAUCAAGAUUCCAGGCGUCAAUAAGGAAGUAAAUGGAAGAUUGACUCCAAUACCUAGAGCCCAUUCGGAUACCGCGCUUCCCGAGAAACGAAUCUCCACCCCUAUGUCCGAAGAGACCACCAAGGCAACCUGGGGUCCCGAACUUGUGGACAAGAUCAACGACUUUCUAGUCGUAAAAGGAAUAUCUAACUUCCGUCGUUUCUUGGCUGACACGGACCGAAUCGCAACGAUUAGCACGAACCUGGUCUACUAUAUCGUCGCUCCGGCCAUGAAAUCACGCUCUGGGUCGACCUUGGAUGUCGACGAUGUGAUUUUGGAGAUGAUCAAAGAGAUGUCCAAAGUGCAAGCAGCGACGCGAGCAUGGCGAGGCCCCGUCCAAGAGGCAUUCAACGACACACGCUUCUUCAAUUGCACUUUGGAUACCGCGAUGAAGUGGCGACCCAUUGUCUCCGCUCUCAUGGACAGCGACAAGACGGUAUUUUCAGACCUUCUCAGCAAGAUUGCGAGUGCACCAUCCGCUAACAUCUUCACAAACCGUGAAUAUGAGAUACUGAUCAAGUCUUUGAACCUACGGAGACUUUCCCUCGUGGUACUGGCGGGCGGGCAAAACAAAUUCUUGACCCAACUUCCCAGCAUACAGGAGAAACUAGUGGAUGUUUUGAAGAGCGGCGCUGCCCCGAUUGUUCAGUCCGAGGUAUAUCUGUGCAUGCGAGUUCUACUCUGUCGACUGUCCGCUCAGAACCUCGCGAGCUUCUGGCCUACAAUUCUAACAGAGCUUUUCCGCGUAAUCGAACAUGUCUUUACAGAGAUCCCUGCGGAUGGAUCGGAUGAACUUGGCCUUCUGCUAUCUGCCUGCAAAUUCUUGGACCUUCUCCUUGUGUUGCAGACGCAGGAAUUUCAAAUUCAACAAUGGAUGUUCGUGACAGACACCAUCGAUGCCGUUUAUCGACCUGAGGAUUGGACCCCCGAAUCGCUGUUGGACCAGCUUGCAGAAAUGGUGACCGAUUUACAUGAAACUAAGGAAGGUAGAUAUGAUAUCAUUGAACCAACGUAUUUAUCCUUCUUGCAGACAAUGGAUGGCAAACCCAAGGUGCAAAUGAGUACAUACGCCGUCGAAGCGGAGUUCUCAGCUCCGACAACUCUACGUCGACCUUUCCUCGGAUUCGUCAAGCAAAUAGGGAGCAUUAAGGAUCUACUCCCAUUCUUCUCGCAGAUCAGCAUGUCGUCUUACGAGGCAAUCUAUGGUAUGGGUGCCGUAGACUGGGACGCCGUGGAAAAGGGUCUGAUGACAGAGAUGUUUCAAGGCGGUGUCGAGGAGCUCGAGAGCACUACAUAG